UUUCCAAGCCCUGCCUCUGCGACUUUAAAGGUUGAACAUUAACGCGGCGCCCAGGCGAGAGCAGCUCAGAGCAACCGAGGAAGUUUGGAUCCGACACCUGAACAGAAACACCUGGAUUCGGUUCGUCAGGAUCCUCCGUUUUCAGAUAAAUUCACCUUUAACCUCUCCGGGGAGCAUGGCGAGUUUCUGACCGACCCGCUGGAGGGGAAGAUGCGGCGGUGCGGCUGGUGGCUGCUGCUCUGCGCCUUCUGGGUUGCCGCUGCCCGCGGUCGGAGCAACGGGCAAUGUUUGGACGGGAUCACCAUCAACGUGAUCCUGCUGGAGGACGAGGAGUCUCCCUGGAGCCUGAAGUACGUGGAGAGGAAAAUCCUGGAAGCCAUAGAGAAAGACGCAGAAAUCAACGCCGCAGAAGCGUUUGGAUUUAAUCUGACAGCGAACUUCGAAGGAUUCAACACGACGAUCUACCGGCAGGCCGGCUGCUACAGCAGCCCGUGUGAGGCGGUGGAGACGCUGCGCAACCUCAUGACCACAAAUAAACUCGGCUGCGCCGUUCUCGGACCAACCUGCACCAUAGCAACGUUCCCGUUAGUGGACGCAGAGAGAGGUUUUGGGCUGAGCACGCCCAUCAUCUCGGCAGGAAGCUUCGGCCCGUCCUGUGACUUCGCCCUCAACCUGCAGCGGCUUCUGCCUCCGGCGCGGAAGAUCUCCCACUUCUUCAGCGCCUUUUGGCAGGAAGAAAACACCCUGAAGCCCAAGUGGAAGACUGCCUACAUCUACAAAAAACCCAACAACACGGAGGACUGCUUUUGGUAUGUCAACGCGCUGGAAGCCGACGGCAUCAAAAACGUUUCGGAAGCGGUUCUGCGUGGACCAAAGGACGUGGAAGCCGUUCUCUCACAGACUAACAGGACGAGCAACCUGUUCAUCAUCUGCGGCUCGGUGUCAGACUUACUGGAGAUGAAGAACGACUCCACAGGAGCCGACAGCAGCGACUUCCUCUUCAUCCUCAUUGAUCUGUACAACGAUAUUUACUACAAGAGGCCGUCGCGGCCGGAGAUGAGGAACGUUCUGGUGCUGACCAUGCCCAACUCCAGGCGCUACAACAUCAGCGCUGACCUGAAGGACAACAACACGAUGAACGACUACAUGGCUGCGUAUCACGACUCGGUGCUGCAUAUAGGAAACGUGAUGAGAGAAAUCGCCACCAAAAAUCAGUCAGAGAUUCAAGAAAUGGACUUUGUGAAUGUGAAUUACUUCAGAAAUGUUGCUUUUAAUGGAAUUGCAGGAGAAUAUAAGUUGGACGAGUUUGGAGACAGAGAUGUGAAUUUUUCCAUCAUGUACACAACAACUGACCUCCAGUAUAAAUGUUUAUUCACCUUUGACACUGAAAACGCCAAAACAACGACGGAGGACGAAUCUCCGGCCUUCAUCUGGGGGAAGAAGCUUCCCGACUACAAGCCAGAGGACGACUCCAUGAAUGGUCCUCCCAUCCAAGACAUCAUUGUGGGCGUCCUGGCUGUCACUGUGGUCGUCGUGGCAACCAUCGCAUUUAUCUUCUACAGACAGAACAGGAAAGACCGGCUGCUCAGGAAACGCUGGUCCCACAUCAACUCCAGCCUCAUCUCUCUGCUGGAGGACAGCGAACACAACAUCAUCUCCCUGCAGAUAGAAGAAGAAAGGAAGAAGAAAUUCAAGAUUCGCCGAGCGCUUUAUGACAGAAAGAUUGUGAUUCUGAAGGAGCUGAAGAACUGUGAUGGGAACUUCAACAAAGAGCAGACAAUAGAUCUGAAUGCGCUUCUGCACAUCGACUAUUACAACCUCACAAAGUUUUAUGGCACGGCGCAGUUUGACGAGGGCGUGUUCGGCGUCUUUGAGUACGGAGAGCGAGGGUCACUCCGGUACGUGCUGAAUGACAAAGUGUCGUACCCAGAGGACACGUUCAUGGACUGGGAGUUCAAGAUCUCCGUCAUGUACGACAUCGCCAAGGGCAUGUCUUACCUCCACUCCAGCAACAUCCAGGUCCACGGCCGCCUCAAGUCCACCAACUGCGUGGUGGACAACCGCAUGGUGGUGAAGAUCACCGACUUCGGCUGCAACGCCUUCCUCAGCAGCAGCAAAGACCUGUGGACGGCUCCGGAGCACCUGAGGAGCCAGGGAACGUCGCAGAAAGGAGACGUUUACAGCUUCGCCAUCAUCUCCCAGGAGAUCGUUUUGAGGCGCAGCACCUUCUACUCCAAGUCCUGCUCCGACCACUCAGAGAAGCUGUCCAGGGUGAUGACGUCCUACUUCAGACCGGACCUCGACGUAGAGAUGGCUUCAGAGAAAGAACGAGAGGUUUACAUGAUGAUAAAAAGCUGCUGGGAUGAAGAUCCGGAGAAAAGACCCGACUUUAAGAAAGUGGAGAACUGCCUGGGGAAGAACAUCAGUAAAAUCCACAACCAGGACAACGAGAGCUACAUGGACAACAUGAUCCGCCGGCUGCAGAACUACUCCAGGAACCUGGAGCACCUGGUGGAGGAGAGGACGUCGCUGUACAAAGCCGAGCGGGACCGGGCCGACUUCCUCAACUUCAUGCUGCUUCCCGGGCCGGUGGUGAAGAGCCUGAAGGAGAGCGGCGUGGUGGAGCCGGAGCUGUACGAUGAGGUCACCAUCUACUUCAGCGACAUCGUGGGCUUCACCACGCUGUGCCAGUACAGCACGCCCAUGGAGGUGGUGGACAUGCUCAACGACAUCUACAAGGGCUUCGACAGCAUCCUGGACCACCACGACGUCUACAAGGUGGAGACGAUCGGCGACGCCUACAUGGUCGCCUCCGGCCUGCCGCGCAGGAACGGGAACCGACAUGCGGUGGACAUCUGCCGCAUGGCGCUGGACAUCCUGUCCUUCAUGGGCACCUUCCAGCUACGCCAUCUGCCCGGCAUCCCGGUGUGGAUACGCAUCGGCGUCCACUCAGGUCCGUGUGCUGCAGGCGUCGUGGGGAUAAAAAUGCCCAGGUAUUGUCUGUUUGGCGACACGGUCAACACGGCGUCGCGGAUGGAGUCUUCUGGACAACCGCUGCGGAUUCAUGUCAGCGAACCCACCAUCCACAUCCUGCAGCGCACUGACUGCAAGUUCCAGUACGAGAUCCGAGGAGAAACAUACCUGAAGGGUAAAGGAAUGGAAACGACUUUCUGGCUGACGGGAGAAACCGGGGAGGAUUACGACCUUCCGACUCCGCCAACAACAGAGAACGUCCAGCGUCUGCAGCAGGAUCUCGCCAACAUGAUCCUGACGUGUCUGGAGCGCCGAAGACGAGGGUCGGUACGGAGGAGGAAGGUGCGUACCGGUGAGGAAGAGGAGGAGGACGAAGAGUCAGAAGUGGAGUCUGAAGGCGGCCAUCUUGAGUAUCUGCAGCUGGCCACCGUGGAAAACACGCUCAGCACCUUCCUGUAGACGAAGCGCGUCUCCUCUGCGUAGACGGAGGAACAAAGAUGGCGGACGAACUUUGUAAAAUCUUUUAACCCUUAAAGGUUGAUAUUUCUCCUCAGACGUUGUUUUAUGAUAAAAUGUUGAAUAUUUUCCUCCUGUUGAGGCCAAAUUCCAGCCGCUUUGCACAUUAAUCUCUCCUGUACAUGAUCAGAUCAUAAUAGCCUUCUAUACGAGGAAAUCAUUUCAAAACAAAAGCAUCUGAAUCCAAAGAAAUGUUUUAUUUUUGUAUACAACAGUGACCGUCAACAGUAAAUAAUAAUAAAAAUAGAAGUAACUUCCUGUUGGAUGAUGAAGAGUUGUUCAGGUGAAGUUAAAACCGCCUGUACAGAUUCAUCGGUACAUUUCAUGUGUCAUAUUGUUUUACAAAUAUUUCACUGCUCUGAUGAAACAAAGUCCAAACGUUCA